UGCACCACAGCAGGUCACGCAUGCGACUGCGAGAGCGAGGCGCAGCAGGCAGCUGGUGCAGAAAAAAAACAUCAGUUCGCGGUACGGUUUGUUGUUCCAGUGCUCUUCGUGGUGCUGUUUCAAAAUUUUCCAUAAAUUUGGAAAUUUUUGUGAAGAAAAUCAUCUGUAUUCGAGCAGCUACUCGACCAUUGAACGGCAGCAGCCAUGGGGAACACCGUCUCGGCGGCUGAACUGAUUGCCACAAACAUCGUGCAUGCCGAAGCUGCGGCGGCGGCACCAGCACUGCCGAAAGGACAUCCUCCCAUUGGGGAUGCAGGCAAAAUGAGCUACGGAGGAGGAGCAGCAGCAAAUCCACCACCGGAAUGUCCCAUGCACAACAAGGACCGGGCUGCUGCUGCAGUGCAGAAAGAGAAGCCGGUUCUGGUCAGCGAGUGCCCCGUCAAACACGACGAUUCAGACAUCAAUCCGCUCAAUAUGAUGCCACCGAUGAACCAGAACCCAGCACCAGAUCAACCGUUCGCGCUGCCCAAAGAUCGUCAGGUGUCCUCCAUCCCGAAGGUAACCGAAGACGGCCGGCAAGAGUUCUGGGUCUAUCCCAGCCAGCAGAUGUUCUGGAACGCGAUGCUUCGCAAGGGUUGGCGCUGGCAGAAGGACGAUCUCAAGCCGAAGGACAUGGACGACAUCAUCAAGAUUCACAACGCCAACAACGAGCAGGCGUGGCAGGAGGUGCUCAAGUGGGAAGCUCUGCACGCGCGGGAGUGCGGCAAUCCCAAACUGAAGAGUUUUGGCGGCAAAGCGACAGAGUACAGCCCCCGGGCUCGAUUCCGCAGUUGGUUGGGAUACGAAUUGCCCUUCGAUCGGCACGACUGGAUUGUGGACCGUUGCGGUAAGGACGUUCGGUACAUAAUUGACUAUUACGAUGGUGGCAUGGUGGACGACAAGUACAAAUUUGCCCUGCUGGAUGUGAGGCCUGCGAUGGACUCACCGGAGAACGUUUGGGACCGGAUGAAGGUCUGCUAUAUGCGGUGGAAGUUCCAGCUGGAGAGUAAGGUAAAAGAACUGACAAACUGAGCGGACGGAAAAUCCAGAGGACGAAGCGAAGCCAUAGAUUUUAUCCGACGUAAUAGUUGACUAAAGCAAACCAACCAACUGUAAACCAUAGCGCCAUUUUCACAAUUAUGUACCGACCGGUCUCGCUGGCUGUUACUUACUCCAGAAUAAACACAAGCGUAGAACGAAAACUCAUCCUGAAUGUUAAAUAAUGUAACAACACACCGAG